UAAUUUAAUAAUUAGCAAAAAACUUUUCUACGUAAACGUAAAGAAAAAAAAAAAACGUUCUAACGACAUCGACUCGUCACUUAUGUGUAUAGAGACAUUAUAGACCGUUAGAUGAUUAGUUAGCCGUCGCGAUAAAUAAGGAAAAUUCGUAUUAAGGACUUCGACUCACACUAACGUCUAUAGCUCUUCGGUUUCGUCCAUAUUAAAAAGUGUGAUAAGUUAUAACUUUUUAAAGACAAUUUUUAACGUUCGAAAGUCGCUUCAAGAGUGAUUACCUGCACGAAAGACAAACUUCCCUUACAUUUUUUUUUCUUUUUUACGACAUCAAAUGGAUCAAAUCAAAAUUACAAUGCGAGGAGAAAAUCAUCGAACGAAUGAGCUAUUUUCGAUACUCUUCAUUUGUAAUACUUAAAGCGAGAAUACAUAAGAAGAAAUCUAAUAACCCGUUGUAAAAUCAUUCAAAAACUCAAUGAAUCAUGCCGCAUCUCGUCCAUGGAAUCCUUUUUUUCAAAUUACCGUCGCUAAGGAGAAACAAACAGUCGUCUGUUUGUGUUUGAUCUGUCAUUUCUACAACACCUAUUCUUUCCUUGUGCUUCCUAUCGAUCUUUGGGACCAUUUUCGAAGAGAACAUCUUCGAUUUACUCAACACCUCCUUUUUUCAUCCCUCAGAGUGAUUCGUUCAAAAUUUCAAAAUGCGUGAAAUUGUACAUAUUCAAGCUGGCCAAUGUGGCAAUCAAAUUGGCGCCAAGUUUUGGGAAGUUAUCUCCGAUGAACAUGGUAUCGAUAACACAGGAACUUAUCAUGGAGAUUCAGAUUUACAAUUGGAACGAAUCAAUGUUUAUUACAAUGAGGCUUCUGGCCCGAAAUACGUGCCUCGAGGUAUUCUAGUCGACCUUGAACCUGGUACAAUGGAUUCUGUACGUUCCGGUCCAUUUGGACAGAUCUUCAGACCGGACAACUUUGUUUUUGGUCAAUCAGGAGCUGGAAACAAUUGGGCCAAAGGUCAUUACACCGAAGGAGCAGAAUUGGUAGACUCUGUUUUGGAUGUAAUAAGAAAAGAAGCAGAAAGUUGUGAUUGUCUCCAAGGUUUCCAACUGACACACUCUUUGGGUGGAGGAACCGGAUCAGGCAUGGGCACACUUUUAAUAUCAAAAAUCCGCGAAGAAUAUCCUGAUAGGAUAAUGACCACUUUUUCUGUGGUACCAUCGCCUAAAGUCUCUGACACUGUCGUCGAGCCCUACAAUGCUACAUUGUCCGUUCAUCAACUCGUCGAAAACACUGAUCAAGCUUACUGCAUCGACAACGAGGCACUCUACGACAUCUGUUUCCGUACUUUGAAACUAUCCACACCUACUUACGGUGAUCUAAAUCAUCUGGUGUCUGCCACGAUGUCCGGUGUGACUACUUGCUUGAGAUUCCCAGGACAAUUGAAUGCUGAUCUAAGAAAACUGGCCGUCAACAUGGUACCCUUUCCACGUCUUCACUUUUUCAUGCCAGGUUUUGCACCUUUGACGUCUCGAAGUAAUCAGCAAUACAGAGCCUUGACCGUACCUGAAUUGACUCAACAAAUGUUCGACUCGAAGAAUAUGAUGGCUGCCUGUGAUCCUAGACACGGAAAAUAUCUCACUGUUGCUGCUGUUUUUCGUGGUAGAAUGUCGAUGAAAGAAGUCGACGAACAAAUGCUUAAUAUUCAAAACAAAAAUAGUUCAUAUUUUGUAGAAUGGAUUCCGAAUAAUGUGAAAACAGCUGUAUGUGAUAUUCCACCACGUGGUCUUAAAAUGUCAGCAACUUUCAUUGGAAAUUCUACGGCCAUUCAAGAACUUUUCAAAAGGAUCUCAGAACAAUUUACGGCGAUGUUUAGAAGAAAGGCUUUUCUUCAUUGGUAUACCGGUGAAGGAAUGGAUGAAAUGGAAUUCACCGAAGCAGAGUCGAACAUGAAUGAUUUGGUAUCUGAAUAUCAACAAUAUCAAGAAGCUACGGUUGAAGACGAAGGCGAAUACGACGAGGAGGAGGAAAUCGAAGAUAAAUAA